UGUGUGUGUGUGUGUGUGUGUGCGCGUAUUUCAUUUCCUUCCUUUACUUUUCGUUUCAUUUCAUAUUCCUUUACAUCGAUCCACACUGAAAAGAAAACCAUGCAACCCGAUAACUCGCUGGACAAUUCUCACUUGUACCGGUUUCUCUCCGAGAACGGAGUUUUCAACGUUGGACCCUACGGUUUCCCGACGAUGCAAAGCAUGUGUAGUUCAUCCUCGUCGUCUUACCAUAAUUACCCCUUGGAAGGGUCUAUAAUUACGGAUAUGACACCACAGGAUAGAGCUCUUGCUGCUUUAAAGAAUCAUAAGGAAGCUGAGAAGAGAAGGAGAGAGAGAAUUAACUCUCAUCUAGAUAAGCUCAGGAGCCUCCUUCCUUGCAAUUCUAAGACCGACAAAGCUUCACUUCUAGCAAAAGUUGUUCAACGAGUGAGAGAACUCAAACAGCAGACAUCAGAAAUUCCAGGGCUCGAAACCUUCCCAUCAGAAACCGAUGAGAUCACUGUUCUUUCCGGUGAGUGUUCAAGCGAUGGACAGUUGAUCUUCAAGGCAUCUUUAUGCUGUGAAGAUCGCUCUGAUCUUUUGCCUGACCUCAUUGAGAUAUUGAAAUCCCUGCAUUUGAAGACGCUUAGAGCUGAAAUGGUAGCACUUGGAGGAAGAAUCAAGAACGUUCUUAUAGUUGCUGCCGAGAAAGAUCACAGCACUGAAUCAGUAAAUUUCUUGCAAACUGCACUCAAAUCUUUACUUGAACGAUCAAAUUCUAGUGAUCGCUUUAAAAGGAGAAGGGUAUUAGACCAUAAAUUAAUAAUGCAAUGACUAUUGUGUGCUUUCUUUCCUUUUUCCCCUUGUAUUAUUCCUUUCUUUAAAGCUUUAUUGCGGAGUUCCACGCCUGAUAUUCAAAUCCUGAUGUUGUCUAACCGAAGAAAAGAAAAGGCUUCAACUUAAGCACUCGUCUGUUAGUUAGGAGAUCAAUUUCAAACACUUAGCGCUUGUUGGCUAUACUUUUAAGAGUUCAAGAGUUCAAAUUCUUACUUCUGUUUAUCUCUCUGCCUAGCAGAAGAAAAGAAAAGCUUAACUGUAUGUUGAUGUUGCCUUUUCCCCGAGUCUUGUGGAAGCUUGAUAUCGCUAUAUAUGAUUGGAUUUGAUUGAAAA